AUGUGGAUAACGCCUACGGGGUUCGACGACUUCCUCACACCACGUGUUGACACCGGAAACUUUGACUGGGCGGACCUGGAGUCGCUUUUUUUGCCCGGAGACAACCAGGGCACCGCUGGGCCUGUGUUGCAUGAGUCCAGUGGACCCGGAGCCAACCAGAAACCCUCACAAGGACUAACUUCUCAGAGUCAUGCACUGGAACGCGCAGCUGCGCGUCCGACAGCCGGUAGCUACGCGAGCCUCGUCAGCGUCGAGGGAUCUCCGCGCUCGCAGGUACGUGCCGACGACGCGCAACCUGAAGGAAGUGGAAUGGACCGCAGGGGCUUCUCGCCGCUCAGUCUCGAGCAAGUGCCUUGGCUAGCGCCAACUUCGCCGUUGCUUGACGAGCUCGUGAGCUCCGCUGUAGCCGGCGUCGUUGAAGGGGACCGUUCGUUCAGUUCGGCGCCUUUAGAUUCAGGUGCCUCGGACGGCGAGUCACGUCGAAGUUACACGGCUGCAUCGAUCUCAUGUUUUUCGGCUGAGAACGGUCGACCAUGUCACGGCAGCGGAGACGUUGCGGACGGCAGCGAGCAGGCUCGGUCCUUGGUACCCAGAGUGGACAGCAGUAGUCGUGUGGGCGGCCCAUGGACUGCUCGAGAACAUCGUUACCGAGCGUACAUCCGGUAUCGUGAGAAGAAACGGCAACGGAAAUGUUGGAAAACUGUUCGCUACGUUUGCCGCAAAGAGCUAGCAGAGGCUCGACCGCGUUACAAGGGCCGUUUCGUACGCAAGAGCGAGCUUGCGUCCUGUGAGCGAGAGCGGACCGCCGAAGCCGCCACCUGCGACGGAAAACCUGUAUCGGUAGAGGGCAUCGUACCGACUGAUCAUAGCUAA